UACCUUGGCUGGAAAGAUUUUGGUGUUGGGUACUUGGAGAAUAAUUGCGAUAAAGCCAGAAAAGUGCGUUUUGCUUCAUGGUUCGGAUAUACAAUUAAUGCAAAUGGUGGACGAUAUGGUUCUGGCCUGUGAGAAAGCUUUGCGUCACACCGCCAAGUCUAGUACUAUUCUUCGAGAAGCUUAUGAAGGAUUUGAUAAAAUUACAGACUUAAGGAGCCUCUUUCAAUCAUAUGGUGUCGAUAAUAUUGAAUGGACGGAUCCUCUUAGUUUUGGUUGUAUUAUCGAUAGAGACUCUGAUAUGAUUUUUGGAAAGUUACCGGAAGAUCAGAGAAAGAAUUUAAGAGAAAUCUUAGAUUUACCAUAUCAUAAAUUUGAAAUGAGUCCAAUUAUUUCUGAAUUGGUUAAAGUUCUAUUAGAAAGAUCGAAAAGUUUAAACAAAAGAGAGAUGAUGGUUUCUCUUCCGCCUAUAUCGAUGAACUUUCAAGGAAAUGAUGAGGAAUUUGAAGAUAUAUGUGUGAUGUAUAGAAUUAUAGAUUCAAUGGCUGAAGAAGUCUCGGAAGCAUCCCAACGUCGGAUGGAUGAUUCCGGGGAAACAAGAAUUGGGCAUAAGCCUGAUUUUCGGAUAAAGUCACCAUUAAUAGUUGAUGAAGUGGAAAUAUGUCUUAUGGAAGCUUCACGAGUUCUUCCUACUGAUAAAAAAAUUCGGGAAGACUGGGAUAAGUUGAUAAAACUUAUGAAGGAUGCCCAUGUGAGAUUGUUGAGGAAGCUUACUAGAGGAAGAGCAGGGGAAAUGAAAGGCUUAGAAGAAGAGCUUAAUAAGGUUCCAGUGUUUGGCAUUCAAGCAACUCUACGGAACCAUAUCCGUGCCCUUAAUGAAAUUAUAGAAAAAGUCGAUUCAUCUUUAUAUAAUAUAGCUAUUUGUUCUCCACAGGCUCGAGAAGAUGUGCCUCUUUAUGAUGGAGAGUUAAUAACUCCACGAUCACCAUAA